AUGGUCAUUAAAUGUAUUGUGCGCGGUUGCAAAAGUGAAUGGCAUCCAGGUUGUAAUAUUUCAUUCACAGAAGUAAACAAAGAAAAUCAACCAUCAGAUUUAUCUGAUAUGGUUCAGGGUGAUGAAGAUUCGAAUAUUUUAAUAAAAUCAAAUGAAAAAUAUGCAACUAGCGCAGCUUCUAAACGAACCUGGGAAACUAUGUUAGACGUGCCAUCCUGCAGUCAUGUCACGGACAAAAGCACUUCUCCCAUACAAAUCUACUGCGCUGAUAAAAGUGUGCAAGCAAGGAUUAAAUCAUCACGAGAAGAAGAGCUAAUGAUAAGAGUGUGCAAGCAAGGAUUAAAUCAUCACGAGAAGAAGAGCUUAUGA